CCAUCUCAUGGCAUCAUGACCUUUGACCUAAAAGGGUGAGCGUGGCGCCAUAUUGUAUGUGACUUCUUCAGGAUAGUUCAUUUUAUCUGGAGAUAGAAGAGCGCGGUCACGGUCAGACCAACCACGUGAUACCGCCAAGUCAAACGCCAAUCAUGGCCCAAAUUUCGGACCUUUAUGAUAACGCCAGACUGCCUAACUGGCCACAGCGGCUUCUGCUUUUGCCGUACUUUCCCAUCGGCCUGGCACUAGCUCUCGUGCGCAUCUUCGUUGGACUUCAUGUCUUCCUCAUCUCCUGCCUCCUGCCCAGGAAUUCUGUUCUCACAAGGGUAGUCCUUAAGACGAUGUGUGCUGUGUUGGGUAUAGUUGUCUCAUCGGAUGGACCAGACCACGAGCACAACAGGCCAAGGCUGCUUAUAGCCAAUCAUGUGACAGAACUGGACUACACAGCUGUAAACCUUGUACUUCCAUGUGUCAUGCCAUGUAGUGAGAAUCUGCCAAGAUGGUUGUCCUGGAUGUUGGGGCAGAAACAUAGGGGUGAGACCAGGACUCAGCUGUCCCAGGAUGCACAGCAGCACCUCAGCCAGGAAACACUACCUCUCAUGUUCCAACCUGAGGAAGUGUGUACCAAUAGUCAGAAAGGCCUGCUCAAGUUUAGUUCAUUACCAUUUUCAUUGGAUCAUCCAACUGUCCAGCCCAUUGCCAUCUCUGUCAGCCGGCCUCUCUUCAGUAUUGGUGUGUGCCUACCUGGGUCGUCUUGGUGGGCUGAUUUGUUUUGGUUUCUCUUCACACCUGCUACAGUAUUCACACUCAGGUUCUUGCCAUCUGUACAUCGGGAAGAAGACUCAGCAGAAGAAUUUGGCAGAAAAACACAGAAGAUUCUAGCAGCACAUCUUGGAGUUGAAGCCACAAACAUCACAAAAGCUGAUGUGCUGGAACACCUCAAGAGGAUGUCACAUAUGCCACAACCAGAAGCUGCUCCUGUUAGCACACAAACCACCAGAAGCCCUGGAGCCCGUCCUAAACAACCCGCCCCGACUAGUACAGGAGACAGAACACCUAGAACAGGCAAUGUGGUAUCCACUAGGAACUCAGGUGAAAGGAAGCUUCAGGUGAUGGUGAGCCAGGUGAGAGAAGUGCUGCCCCAGGUGCCAGAAGACAUUGUGAGAAGGGACCUGAGUAAGUUGAAACUGUCUCCUCAUUGA